AUGGCUGCCAGUAUGUCCGAAGACGACGUGGCUUACACUGCCCUCCUUCGUCAACUAUUAUCCGACAACUCAACUACACGCAACGCUCGCGUACACUCUUGGAUAGAGCACCAGUAUGAUUUUGCUCUCUCAGAGUCAGAUACCCAAGUCAACGAAGAUGAUAGUGCCUCUCUAGGCUGUUCCCGGGCCCCUUCUCCUUCACCAUCCUCCUCAUUGGGAGCCCACCGUACCUUCUGUUCUGACAGACCCGACUCUCCCCUCCUACCGCGCUCAUCGACUCUUGCUGAGGAUGAGGCGAGGGAAGAGCGCGAACGGGAACGCGCACUUCGUUUCCUCGUGCAGGAAAUGUCACACUGGAAAAUGCAGUCCGGUUCCACUCCUCCGCGCAAGAAUAUGGACAAGUUAAAAUUCGUUCACUUAGCCCUUACCUUGUCCACCACCACCCUCGCCAGCGACGUCCACAACGCAGUCCACUUCGUCGCGUGUCAUGCGUUCGCGUUCCUCAUCAAUGCGCAUCUCACGACUGCCUUCAUUCACAAGCACGUUGUCAUCUGA